AGCUCAUUGAGACAACGACGAUCCGGCCGCAUCCUCAGCAACCCUAAUGGUCCUCGAUGCCAUCACAGGAUGGUGCCGCCCCCUCGCGAGUCCUCCAGCCAGCAAAUUUGACCGUCGUGGUCGUGAAGUCUCCCGCGCAUCCAAGCUGUUGCAGCGCGCCGAGACAGGGCAAUCGAUGGACGUCGACGUCGUUGACCACGCUGUGACUACCUGUGGACGCGAUACAUUUACUGUCUAUAUCAUCGUUGUCACCAAAAACGGCGUGACAUCGACGGUUCUGCGGCGAUACCGGCAGUUCUUUGCGCUCCACGAGCAGCUACGACAUGUCGUUGCGUCUGCGUCGUCUCGAGCUUUCCCAGACCGCAUCGUCCUAAACAACCGAAGCACAGCUCUCGUUCGACAUCGGCAAAGCAUGCUCAACUUGUACCUGAAGACAUUGGUUGCGGACGCCGCAGCGAGGGCAUCACAUCCCCUCCGAACAUUUCUUGGUCUCGAAGUUCUCGACAACGAAGCCAGUCAAUACGUUGGGUUUGAGUGGACCCACCGUAGCGGCCGAUUCUCUUAACACGAUCCCAUCUUGAAAGC